CCCUCCUCCUGCCUCCUCACCUCUCCCCUCCUUAACUCGUCUGCCGCCCCCUGCCUCUCCCCACACCCCUCGGUGAGGUCAGGCGGAGGCGGAGGCGCUGCCGCUGCGGCUGCCGCAGCUCCGCUCCUAUUCCGGGGUCGCCUGGAACAGGGACUUUGAAAAAUAACUGGAGCGGCGUUCGGUUUAGGGUCCGCGCUCUCCGCCCGCGCGAGGACAGGGCGAAGUGACCACGGCGAGCUCGGGGUGAGGAGGUGCGGAGGCCGGUACCUCGUAGCAAGAGGGAGCAGGGGCUGUGCCGUGCGACUCGUUCUUUGGCCCUCGCAGCUGGUGGACAGGCGGCGGGACGCUGGGACGCGCGGCUAACAAGGCGACCAGAGAUUUCUUAUUUGGAGAAUUUGAACUGGAGAGCCCCAGACUCAGGGAUCCAGGUGCAGGAAGUGGAUUGGUUGAAACAAUGGGAGGCAUUAUCCAGCUUAUGGAGGUGAUGGAUCACCUGCAUCUGGGGGAAUCAGUUGCUGCAGUUCUUCGUAACAGGAGACGGCGGCAAUUGUCUUUAAAACAAGCCGAUUUCAAGGAUAUAUUCAAAAAAUCAACAUCAGGAUCUCUCGUGGAAGAGGAAGACCAACACGUGAAAUUGUCCCUUGGAAGCAGCGAAAUGGGCCUCUCAUCCCAUUUGCAAUCUUCCAAGGCAGGAACCACACGCAUCUUUACCAGCAAUACCCACAGUUCUGUGGUGUUACAGGGCUUUGACCAGCUUCGACUUGAAGGCUUGCUUUGUGAUGUGACCCUGAUGCCAGGUGACACAGAAGAUGCCUUCCCUGUGCAUAGAGUCAUGAUGGCCUCUGCUAGUGAUUACUUCAAAGCUAUGUUCACAGGUGGAAUGAAAGAACAAGAUUUAAUGUGCAUUAAGCUUCAUGGUGUGAGCAAAGUCGGUUUAAGGAAAAUUAUUGAUUUCAUUUAUACUGCAAAGCUUUCUCUUAAUAUGGACAACCUUCAAGACACACUGGAAGCUGCCAGUUUUCUACAGAUUCUGCCGGUUUUGGACUUCUGCAAAGUAUUUCUCAUAUCUGGGGUCACCCUAGACAAUUGUGUCGAAGUUGGGCGGAUUGCUAACACCUACAAUCUGACAGAAGUAGAUAAAUAUGUUAACAGUUUCAUCUUGAAGAAUUUUCCUGCAUUGCUGAGCACUGGGGAAUUCUUGAAACUCCCUUUUGAGCGGCUUGUCUUCGUGCUUUCCAGUAAUAGCCUUAAGCACUGCACUGAACUUGAGCUCUUUAAGGCUACCUGUCGCUGGUUACGCCUGGAAGAGCCUCGGAUGGACUUUGCUGCAAAAUUAAUGAAGAACAUACGAUUUCCACUGAUGACACCACAAGAGCUCAUUAAUUACGUGCAAACAAUAGAUUUCAUGAGAACUGACAACACUUGUGUGAAUCUACUUCUAGAAGCCAGCAAUUACCAAAUGAUGCCAUAUAUGCAGCCAGUUAUGCAGUCAGACAGGACUGCCAUUCGGUCUGACACCACUCAUUUGGUUACACUAGGAGGAGUGCUGCGGCAGCAGCUGGUUGUCAGCAAGGAACUGCGCAUGUAUGAUGAAAAGGCGCAUGAAUGGAAAUCGUUAGCCCCCAUGGAUGCUCCAAGGUACCAGCAUGGCAUUGCUGUCAUUGGAAAUUUCCUCUAUGUCGUUGGUGGACAGAGUAAUUAUGACACAAAAGGAAAAACAGCGGUUGAUACAGUCUUCAGAUUUGAUCCUCGAUACAAUAAAUGGAUGCAAGUUGCAUCUUUAAAUGAAAAGCGCACCUUCUUCCACCUAAGUGCCCUCAAAGGAUAUCUGUAUGCGGUUGGUGGGCGAAAUGCAGCUGGUGAACUACCUACAGUAGAAUGUUACAAUCCAAGAACAAAUGAAUGGACCUAUGUUGCCAAAAUGAGUGAGCCCCACUAUGGCCAUGCUGGAACUGUGUAUGGUGGAGUAAUGUAUAUUUCAGGAGGAAUUACUCAUGACACUUUUCAAAAGGAACUCAUGUGCUUUGACCCUGAUACUGACAAAUGGAUCCAGAAGGCGCCGAUGACCACUGUCAGAGGUCUGCAUUGCAUGUGUACAGUGGGAGAAAGGCUCUAUGUCAUUGGUGGCAAUCAUUUCAGAGGAACAAGUGAUUAUGAUGAUGUCCUAAGCUGUGAAUACUACUCACCUAUCCUUGACCAGUGGACCCCAAUUGCUGCCAUGUUAAGAGGGCAAAGUGAUGUUGGGGUUGCUGUCUUUGAAAAUAAAAUCUACGUGGUUGGUGGGUAUUCCUGGAAUAAUCGUUGUAUGGUGGAGAUAGUGCAGAAAUAUGAUCCCGAUAAAGAUGAAUGGCAUAAGGUUUUUGAUCUCCCAGAGUCCCUGGGUGGCAUCCGAGCUUGCACACUCACGGUUUUUCCACCUGAAGAAACCACACCAUCACCUUCUAGAGAGUCUCCUCUUUCUGCACCUUAAGAUCACCCCUACAACUAAGAUGCUGUAGUCCUGUCUUUGCAAUGUGUCAUGGAUUCUCCUCUUUUGCCUCUCCCCCUUAAUUAGUGUAUGUUAAGAUUAGCCUUCAGUAAUUGAUACAGAUAUUGGAAAAAAGACGAUGUUGAUGUUAUUUGUGCUGUUUGUUUGGCCUAGAGUGUUAAUAAGUGGUAACAAAACCAUUCUGGAAAUGUAUCACAUAGAAGCUGAUGUUUAACAUACAAAAAAAGAAAAAGAAAAAAACAACCAAGGUAUUAUCUUUAAAAUGUUUCUUCAGUACUUUUUUGAUGCUGUGUACUGAGUAUUUGUUAUCUUACAUUGGAAAGCCCAAAAAACCAAGUUGAAGGUGGAUUAUAGUAAACGUACAACUGUGCUAACUAGACUUCAAAGUAAAAAGUAUUCCUUUCAUCUUGACUGUAAGGUGUCAAAGGGAGGCAGCCUGCUCCCACAGAAAACAAUACACAAAAGGUUGCUGACUUGCAUGAGCUACCUUCCUGUUUUCAUAAAGUAUUUUUGACAUAUCUGUCAACCUACUUGUCUGUGUGGGUGCAUUGAGAACACAUGAAGUUUCUUAGAUGCACAGAAGAAAUAAUAACUAUAAUUCACCAAUAUUAAUUUUUAAAAGCAGCAUGACUUAUAAACAAGGGUUUUAAAGUGUGUAUAAAUACAUACACACAUACAAAUAUCAAAUACAAAAUUUGAGUGGCAUGUCAAAUAAAUGUAAAAAAAUAUAUUUCUUCCAAAAUGCAGCUUCAUUUAAAAUGGGAAUUCAGUAUGCACUGAAUGCUCAUAUGUGGAAUCAUACUGAAUUAAGUGGAUAAAGGCUAGAAGUUUUGAGCAACUAAAUUUGUCACUUGACCAAAUUUUACCUUCCCAAAGUAUAAACUACACCUUCUCCUUUGCUCUUGAGGUAACUUCCAUACUGUAUGUCUUCUAUAUACUCUCAGUUCAUAAAGUUAUUUAGCACAAAGUAUAGCAGCUUCACCCGGCAAGCUACUUUCAUCCAGUGAAUUCAACUUCCAUAUUUUAUCUUUUUGUUCAAUAAAAAGCAUUUAAUGUCA